UCCAUCCAUCAGUUUGAUCAAUUCAUCCGGCUGCUGUCGUGAGCUACCCAACCGUACGUCUCGAUCGUUCCGGACCUAGCUAGCUAGCUACCUGCACACUCGUACGUACGGCCGGUAGCAGUACAGAUCUCCAUCUAUCCACGCACGCACACGUACGCCGCUGAGCUUGCUCGACCUAGCUCCAUCAAUGGCCUCAACCGGAGUUUCCCGUAGGUCCUCCAUCAUGGCGUCCCGGCUGAGCGCGUCAGCGGAGGCCAUGCGCGCGAGCGAGGGGGGGAAGCAGCGACACGCCGUCGUGGGGCGGCGGGUGGAGUACGACGAGGAGUCUCUGGCCGGCGAACCCCAGUACGACGUGUUCAUCAACCACCGCGGCGUGGACACGAAGCGGACGGUGGCGCGCCUGCUCUACGACCGCCUCGCGCAGAGCGGCAUCCGCGGCUUCCUGGACAACAUGUCGAUGCGGCCGGGCGACCGGCUCAGGGAGACGAUCAGCGCCCGAAUCAGCGAAUGCAGCGUCGCCGUGGCCAUCUUCUCCCCGAGCUACUUCGACUCGGAGUACUGCCUCUGGGAGCUCGCCACGCUCGUAGAGUCACGCAAGACCAUCAUCCCCAUCUUCUACAACAUCAAGCCCUCCGACCUCGUGCUCCCCGAGGCCCUCGCCGCCUCCGACGACUACCUCCCGCAAGACGUGGAGCGCUACAAGUACGCGCUCCGCGAGGCCAAGAACACCGUCGGCCUCACCUACGACUCGGCCACAGGGGACAUAGCCGAGCUGGUGUCAGCGGCAGCCGACGCGGUGCUGUACCACAUGGAAAAAAUGGAGAGAGUGCAGAGGAGGGAAACGAUCGUUUCAAGGCUCUAAUUUUGAACGGAAAAUCAACGGCUACUAUUCAGCGAAGUACCCGGCUCCACGUCAGGAAUAACAAAUAGUCGAAGGGGCAGAUUAACAGUCAAAUAAUUAACAUGGAGAGGAUUCAUUCGUUCGUUUUUUUUUUGAGGGGACAUUCGUUUUUCUUUGGUUGAUUCAUUUUCGGCAAAUUAAAGUAUUAGAUUCAUGGGUGCAUGCCGUAGCCGCCAAUGUGUGGUAAAAUAAGCUAUACGGCUGGCCAUGCAGGCACCGCAACUUCAGAUUUUGCAAAUAAUGACGGGCAUAUGUACAUGUACUGCACAAAGUCAAAUAAUAUA